AUGUGGCGCUACUUUACAGCGAAGAAAACGAUGAGAUGCAUUGACAUGUUACCUAAUCUAGUAUACUCUUACAACUAUAGUAUUCAUCGUAGUAUCAAAGUCAAACCCGUCGAUGUCACAACAGAAAAUAAAAAGCAAGUGUGGCAUACUUUGUACGAUGAUCAUAGUGGCCAAAAGACUCCAAAGUACAAGUUCAAUGUAGGUGAUCUGGUUAGGAUUAGUAAAAUGAAACGUACAUUUGAGAAAGGUUACUUGCCGAACUUUUCCAAGGAAAUUUUUACCAUAAGCAAGCAAAUUCCCCUCGAUCCACCAUUGUAUAAACUUAAAGAUUACGAUGACGGAGAACUAAAAGGAACGUUUUACGAUAAAGAGCUGCAAAUGAUAAUCAAGCAAGAUGAUGUGUACGAGGUGGAAAGAACCCUGAAAAAACGCGGAAGAGGCAAUAAUGUACAAUAG